GCCGCUCUUAUGCAAACCUCGACAGAUUUUAUAUCUAAAUCUAAAAGAGAAAAAUGCUGGAAAUCACGUGAUGCCUUUUGGGAAUGUGUUACUGAUGUAAUCGCGAAAAAUUCAGAACCUGAUGACAAGUUGAUAAGAAAACAAUGUACCAAACAAAGAAAACUUUACGAAGAAAUGUGUCCACGAAUAUGGGUCGAUUUUUUCGAUAAGAAGAAAGAUUUUGAACUUUUCAAGGCCAAGAAAUUUGAGAAGGAGUUGUUACAUAGCACGGGUUCACAGCGUUAGUGAUUGCACUUGGUAUUUUGAAGAUUUUAUCACUAAACAACAUGAAUCGCAAAACCAUUGAGAAAUGAAGAAUGCCGUCCAAUACAAAUAUAAAACGUCAGAAAUUCCUACUCACUUCUUCCGAUGGUAUUCAAUUAAAACUUGGUUUGAAGCAAGUGGGGCAACACUCAUCUAAUGAUUCUAAAUAUGAUGAUUAACGUCUUCAUAUCUCCCACCUUGUAUCAUACGACCAUUACUAAAUAUUAUCAGUGUAUAGCUCUCUCAGUCUCUACUUAGGAAAAUAAUGGAUCAGAACGAACCAAUCAAGCUUCGACACUGAACUCAACACCACGUCUUACACUAUUUGUGCAGUCUCAGUUACCCAAAGUCCCUCCCAACUGUACUUACAAAUCCGCAUAAUGUUAGGAAGUAAGCGAGAUCUAUCUAUUCCUCUUAGAAUGUUUUGCAUAUCUGCAGAUCAGGUUCCAGGUAGUUUACAAGUGCGAUUGUACACUACCCGAAGAUAUUACUUUGUAUUCACUAUUUUUAGUAGAUUGGAAUCCAGAAAACUUCUGCAUAUAAAGUGAAACAGUUGUCAACCCAAUAUUGCUUAAUUAUAACAAUGAGCAUUUUGAAGAUAUAUUAAUUUCACCGGACCUUUUUUAUGAUUCUUUUUCCUCUACAUAUGAGUAAAAACUUUGCUACUAUUAGAAAAACUGUUAAAAGCAUAUAUGAUAUGUUGUACAAUCUUCCAAAUCAUUUAUAAAUGUAAAGCACAUUGAUUCUAUAAAUUGCUUACUUUGUUUUAUGAAUACGGAAUGUCUUCACAAGAGAUACUAUCUAUAUUGUGUGAGUCUACUAAUAAAUAUUACUGCUUUCUCUUA